ACCGAAUAACUGGAGUUUCAGGAAAUUGCUUUCUGGCACCAAACAUGGAUUUCACAAGAAAGAUUUGGACCUUCUUUUCAGUUACACUAUUGUUUAGUCUUGCACAUGCAUCGUCAGCCAAUCUUACAAGCAUCAAUGAUACUGCUGUAGAAAGGAUUCAUGUAGGAUUGAUUAUUGAUAGGCAAUCUUGGGUGGGAAAAAUGGUUGGUAGUUGCAUUUCCAUGGCUAUAUCCGAUUUUUACCGUCGAAAUAGUCACUAUCAAACGAGACUAGUUCUGCAUACCAGAGAUUCUGAGGGUGAUCCGUUGCUUGUUCUAUCCUAUGCCUUGGUUCUCAUGGAAAGUGUGAAAUUGGAAGCUAUUAUUGCAGUAGAAAAUUCAGCUGGACUGAAGGUUUUAGUAGAGUUGGGAUCAAGAAUCAAGAUUCCCAUUAUUUCUCUCUUUGCAUCUGGUCCAUCCAUGUCCUUCUCUGAGCAUCCUUAUUUGAUUCAAAUCGGUGAAGAUGAGUUCUCUCAAGCCAAAGGCAUUGCUGCCAUUGUUGAAGCAUUCAGUUGGAAAAGUGUUAUCCUCAUUUAUGAAAAUAAUGAUUCUACAAGACAAAUCCUUUCUAAUCUGAUCACUUCCUUUGAGGACACCAAUGUUCGUCUUGCCCUGCAUAUAGCCCUUUCAGCAUCAUCUACUGAUGAAGAGAUCAUUGAACAGCUCACCAUGCUCAAGAGUUUGCAGACGACUAUAUAUGUUGUGCACAUGUCACCGUUUCUCGCAUCUCGACUUUUCUUGAACGCCAAAUGGCUUGGAAUGAUAAGCAAAGGGUAUGCUUGGAUUACAACUGAUACGAUUACAAACUUCAUGAAUUCAAUGGAUCCAUCAGUCAUCGAGUCAAUGCAGGGGGUGGUGGGAUUCAAACCUCACAUUCCGGCAUCAAAGGAGCUUCGCGAAUUCGCAGUAAGGUGGAGGAGUAAAAACUUGAAUGAAAACCAAGAUUUGCAGGAAAUGGAAUUAAAUGUCUACGGUAUAUACACUUAUGAUAUGGUUCAGGCUCUUGCAACAACAUCAGAAAUCAUGAUGAUUCGACAUCACGAUAUCAUACACCAAGAAACAAGAUUGAAUAUGAACUUCACUACCAUCCGUUCCUCACAAGGUGGUUUGGUGUUUAUUGAUGAGAUGUUACAGAGUAGAUUCAAUGGAAUAAGUGGUGGCUUUCAACUUACUAAUGGCAGUCUGAUCCCAAAGAAAUUCGAAAUCGUAAAUGUAUUCAGGGAAGAAAGAAUAAUUGGUUACUGGAAUCCAGAAAUCGGAAUUACUCCAAUAUCGGAGGAAGAAAACCAUACCGAGACAAACAUGACAUCGUCGAGUAAGCUUGAAAGUGUUAUUUGGCCUGGAGGAACUAAGAACUUUCCAAAAGGUUGGUCUCUACACGGGAGGAGGUUGAGGAUUGGGGUUCCAGUAAAUAAUGGUUUCAGAGAAUUAUUAAGCGUGAUUCGUGAUCCCGGAACAAACGAAUCAAUCGUAUCUGGAUUCUGUGUUGAUGUGUUUAAGGAAGCUGUUCAAAUCUUAGAAUACGAAGUACAUUAUGACUUCAUCCCAUUCAAAGAUACCAACGGACGAAUGGCAGGAUCUUACAAUGAUCUUCUCCUUCAGGUUUAUCAUAAGAAUUACGACGCUGUUGUGGGAGAUGUGACGAUUUACUCUGAAAGAUUUGCACAUGUAGACUUCACGCUGCCAUUCACUGACUCUGGCAUUGGAAUCGUCGUGCCGAAAAUCAGCAAAACCAGUAUGUGGAUCUUCCUUCAGCCAUUUUCCAGAGAUCUGUGGAUAACAACUGCUGCUUCCUUUGUUUUCACUGGCUUUGUGGUUUGGCUGAUCGAACAUCCCAUCAACGACGAGUUCCAAGGCUCAUCAACUGAGCAAAUAGGAAUGAUCUUUUGGUACUCAUUCUCAACUCUGGUAUUUGCUCACAAGAAUCUGUUGAGCAACUUAUCGAAGGUCGUUGUGACGAUAUGGGUGUUUGUUGUCCUUAUAAUAACCUCAAGCUACACUGCAACUUUGGCUUCCAUGUUAACAGUUGAACAAAUCGAAUCGAACUCGAAAGGGGGCUACGUAGGUUACCAUUCUGGUUUUCGUGUUUCAGGAGCUAUCAGCAACUUGAAUUUUGAAAAUCCAGCGCUAAAGCCAUACAGUUCUCCAGAAGAAUAUGUCAAUGCUUUAAGAAGGGGAAGUGAAAAGGGUGGUGUGUCGGCCAUUAUCAACGAAUUACCAUACCUUAAAGUAUUCAUUGCCAGACACCCUGCAGAUUACAGAAUGAUCAAAACCGAGACUAUCUCAGGCGGUUUCGGCUUUGCUUUCCCUAAAGGCUCCCCACUCGUCCAAGACAUAUCAGGUGCAAUUAUUAGGCUGAGAGAAGAAGGGAAGUUGCAAAAGAUGGAAAAUGAAUGGUUUAACAAUACUGAAUCAGUGCUUACAAACCAGGACUCAUCAAGCAAUCCCAGCAGGUUAAUGGUUGGCAGCUUUGGAGGAUUGUUUCUUAUUACUGGGGUGUCUUCGUCUUCAGCUCUACUCGUACGCCUAUAUCAGAAACGUCGAACCAUAACAAUCAGCAACUUCAAAUUCUUCCUCAGCAGUACUAUAGACACUGUAAAAGGCUGCUUCAAAGUUCAAAAAUAUCUUAUUACAAGUGAACCGAAAAAUUUAACUAGUAGGCUACCAUGUGCAAAUUGAAUGUUCUGUUACUUUACGGAGUCUGUA